AUGGCUCAAGAUUGGAACGUUGAACCUCUACAACCAGGUCAUCCUGGAGAAGUCGCGAAUCUAGCAUUGGCUCUCAGUCGCACUACUACAUAUUCGCAUUUCUCACGGGAUUAUGGAUCAUCAAAGCAUCCCACAGCCGAUGAAAUAGAGGAUGAGGGGAGUGCUAUCGACCCCUCAAAUCCACGGUUCGAUGCGUACAAAUGGGCCAAAUCAAUGAUUGAAACUGGUCAAAAGAAGGGUCUCAAACAGAGAAAGAUGAGCGUACUCUUCCAAGACCUGAACAUUUAUUGCUCCAACGAAGCGUCGGGUUUCCAAAAGACCGUCGGGUUCCCCCUAAGAGAACCAGCAAACAUUUGGAGAUCGAUACUUUACCCAAGAGCGAAGAAGACUAUCAUCAGGCAAUUUGAGGGUGUUUUGAGGAACGGUAUUGGUCGGAAAAUUAUGGCGAAAGAAUUUAAAGGAGAAAUUGUGUAUAAUCAGGAAGUGGAUCGCCACUUUCCACAUCUUACUGUUGGUCAAACUCUCGAGUUCGCUUCCUAUGUCCGAACGCCGAGACUCCGGGUGAGGGAGAUCUCAAGGAAAGAAAACGCAAGGUACCUUACCCGGGUAGUAAUGGCAAUUUUCGGUCUGUCGCACACCUAUAACACCAAGGUUGGCAACGAUUAUGUGCGAGGAGUGUCUGGGGGGGAGAGAAAGCGCGUGAGCAUUGCCGAGAUGACACUGGCAGGAUCUCCCUUAGCUUGCUGGGACAAUAGUACUCGCGGCCUCGAUGCUGCAACCGCUUUAGAAUUUGUCAAGGCGCUCCGAAUGUCGGCUGAUCUUCUCGGCCCUUGCCAUUUAGUCGCCAUCUACCAAGCGUCCCAAGCGAUCUAUGAGCUCUUUGACAAGACGGUCGUGCUAUAUGAAGGACGAGAGAUCUACUACGGGUCAACCAAGUCCGCACAAGCAUACUUUGAGCAUAUGGGUUGGUACUGCCCUUCUAGACAGUCCACCGGAGACUUUCUCGUAGCAGUCACCAAUAAGCGAGCACGACGGGCCCGCCCAGGAUAUGAGCACCGUGUCCCUCGGACCCCUGAUGAAUUCAAGAACUAUUGGCAAUCAUCUCCAGAAUAUGCCAGCCUCCAGAAAGAGAUUAAAGCCUAUAAAGCGAGCUACCCUGAUCAUGCUCGUUCCCUAGCGGAAUUUCGGGAAGUACGAAAGGACAUGCAAUCGAAGUAUAUGCCACAGGGAUCACCUUAUACCAUCUCUCUCCCUACACAGGUAAAGGCCUGUACAAGGCGUGCAUAUCAGCGCCUGUGGAAUGAUAGGACUUCGGCGGUAACCAUGGUCACCUCCAAAAUCGCAAUGGCCCUGAUCAUCGGUUCUAUAUACUACGGAACGCCAGAAACUACGGACAGCUUUUUUGCAAAAGGAUCCGUCCUCUUCUUUUCAAUAUUAUUCAACGCUCUCAACGCGAUUGUAGAAGUCAAUACUCUCUACAAUCAACGCCCAAUCAUUGAAAAGCAUGCCUCAUACGCAUUUUAUCGCCCAUUUGCGGAAGCACUUGGUAUUCUGAUAUCAGAAUUCCCUAUCAAAAUCGUCUCGGUAACAUUCUUCUGCGUUAUUCUCUACUUCCUCGCGAAUCUGAAACGGGAAGCGUCUCGAUUCUUUAUUUUCUUGAUAUUCAACCUCUUAGCGGCAGUUACAAUGUCUUGCGUCGCUAGAACAAUAGGAGCCGCAACGAAGACCAUUUCCAAGGCACUCGCGAUAGCAGGGGUGGUAGUACUGGGAGUAGUGAUAUACACAGGAUUCACUAUUCCGCGACCCUAUAUGCAUCCUUGGUUUGCAUGGAUCAGUUGGAUCAAUCCUGUGGCCUACGCUUUCGAAGGUUUACUUGUCAAUGAACUUCACGGAAUACAGUUUCCGUGUUCAACAUCGUCACUAGUUCCUUCAUAUCCAAAUCUUGUCGGAGAUACCUUUAUCUGUUCAGUUCGCGGUGCUCUCCCCGGUGAAACGACAGUAUCUGGAGAUGCCUUUUUAGAGGUAAGCUACCAAUAUUCUUAUUCGCACCUAUGGCGCAAUUUCGGCAUCCUUUGGGGCUUUCUGGCUUUCUUCCUUGCCGCCUACUUGACGGCUACUGAAUUGAAUUCGUCCACGUCUUCGACUGCAGAGGUUCUUGUCGUCCGCAGGCAUAGUGCCUCAAAGCAGGCAUCAAGCACAGAGAAUGCUGCUGAGGAAUCUGAUGUGGAACAGUUGGUGAUGGAAACUGCGACCGCCGUUGGAACUGGUCGGAAUGAUGACAUGGAAAUUAGGCCGAUUCCACAGCAAAAGGAUGUUUUUACCUGGCGCAACGUGGCCUAUGAUAUCACUAUCAAGGGCGAGCCUCGACGACUUCUUGAUCACGUUUCGGGUUACGCUAAACCGGGAACGUUGACAGCGCUGAUGGGCGUGUCUGGUGCCGGCAAAACUACGCUGCUCGAUACGCUUGCGCAGCGUAUCUCUGUAGGAGUUAUAUCCGGAGAUAUUUUUAUCAGCGGCAGGAGUCUCGAGAAUAGCUUUCAACGUAAGAUGGGCUAUGUUCAGCAACAGGAUCUACACCUUGAGACUUCUACUGUUCGGGAAGCACUCCAGUUUUCAGCAAUGUUACGCCGGCCUAAGACCAUCUCCAAAACAGAUAAAUAUAAACACGUGGAGAGCGUGAUUGAUAUGCUAAACAUGCAUGGAUUCUCAGAUGCCGUCGUAGGUGUCCCUGGCGAAGGCCUCAAUGUGGAGCAGCGGAAGCUCCUAUCCAUCGGUGUUGAACUUGCGGCGAAACCGGAAGUACUAAUUUUUCUCGAUGAGCCUACCUCGGGCCUGGACUCCCAAAGUUCAUGGGCCAUUGUUUCAUUAUUGCGAAAGCUCGCAAACCACGGACAAGCUAUUCUUGCAACUAUCCACCAACCAAGUUCUACGUUGUUCUUGGAAUUUGAUCAGCUCCUGUUCCUGGCUAAAGGAGGUCGAACGGUAUACUUUGGGAAUAUCGGCACUAAUGCGAGAGAACUUUUGGACUAUUUUGAGAGUCGAGGCGCCCGUAAGAGCGACAUCUCCGAAAACCCCGCUGAAUAUAUGCUCGAAAUUAUCGGCGCGGGGGCGAGUGGGCAAUCUCGGCAGGAUUGGGCGUCACUUUGGAUGCAAAGUCAAUCUUACAAGAACAUGAACAGAGAGAUUGACCGAAUCAACCAAGAGGUUUCAAACAGGCCGCUUGUGAACGACGAUACGGAAACCGAUCGGUUGGAGUUCGCAAUGCCAUUUCUCCACCAGCUGUACCACACCUCACUCCGCGUUUUUCAACAGUAUUGGCGCACUCCGACCUAUGUCUAUGGGAAAUUCUUUCUUGGUGUUGUAUCUGGACUUUUCAUUGGGUUUUCGUUCUUCCAAAUUGAUGAGUCAGUGCAGGGUCUCCAGAACGCGAUAUUUAGCAACUUCCUGGUUCUAUCCAUCUUUUCGGUCCUGGUUCAACAAAUCAUGCCGCGGUUUGUAACUCAAAGGUCCCUAUAUGAGGUUCGAGAACGGCCCUCUAAGGUAUAUAGUUGGCCUGCAUUUCUCCUUGCCAAUAUUCUAGCCGAGAUUCCCUAUCAAAUUCUCCUGGGGAUCAUGGUAUUCGGUGCAUAUUACUAUCCAGCAUUCGGGGUGGAAUCCUCGGAGCGACAAGGCCUGGUGUUAUUGUUCCUAAUCGAGUUUUUCCUUUUUGCAAGUACGUUCGCCCAUAUGCUUAUCGCAGGGCUUCCUGAUGCCGAGACCGCUGGCCAGCUAGCAACAGUGCUGUUCUCACUGUCCUUGGUCUUCAAUGGAGUAAUGCAACCACCGGACGCCUUGCCUGUAUUUUGGAUAUUUAUGUGGCGCGUCUCUCCACUCACAUACUUUGUCCAAGGUAUUACCGGAACUGCGAUGGCUGGGCGUCAAAUUGAAUGCUCAUCUGACGAAUUGAGUAUAUUUGACCCCCCUCUAAGUCAAACGUGUGAAACAUACUUAACUCCAUUCCUCACCAAUGCUCCCGGCAGGUUGGAAAACCCGACCACCACGGCAAAUUGUAGCUACUGUCCGCUACGCAACACAGAUCAGGUUCUAGCUGCCAGCGGUAUCUACUACAGUGCCAGGUGGAGAAAUUUCGGGUUAUUGUGGGCCUACAUCAUAUUCAAUAUUUCUGCGACCAUUAUCUUCUAUUAUACCUUCAGGGUCAAGAAAUGGUCGAUCCUCACUCUCAAAUACCUCCCAGCCUGGUUGAAGGCCUGUCUUCGACAUGCUGGAUUCGCACUGCAAAGCUUCCUUGUAAGUAACCCGAAAGAAGACAAGAAGGGCAGGGAGGCACAGAAUGACCGUCUUUUCUAA